AUGUCUUUGCCCAUCGCCCCCAAGGAUAUCAGCGACCACCCCACCAAGGGUUCCGUUGUCGACCCCAUCAACCGCGAGAAGAAAGAGGCCGAUGUCGACCGCAAGCUUCGUUUGUACGGCGUCAUCCAAGCCUUCCGCGAUGGCCGUCUGCCAUCCAAUGCCCAGAUCGACGAGACGCUCCGUUACGUUCUCGACAAUUCGCCCGUGGACCUGAACUCGCUGUCGCCUGAGGGCCGCAAGCUCAUCGAGGACACCCGCGAUAUCGUGGAGACUGCGCGCGAGAUGAUUUUGGAGAAGAACAGCGACGAGGUCUUCCAGAACUUUGUCUGGCACACACGCGACGUCGACUAUGACCGUCUCAAGAAGGACCCGUCUGCGUUGACCACUGUUGAUCAACAGAAGGCGCAGCAGGACAGUCAACAAGCUGUGAAGCAUCUGCGUACUUUGCUUUCUCUCGUUUUCACCAACUCCGAGGCCCGCAAACUCGUUUCGGACUUCACCGUCAUUGGCCGUGACUUGCUUGCCCGUGGAGCAGCGAAAGCUGCGGAGGGCAUUCGCCCGUCCGAAGAACAGCUUCGCAAUGUCGACCAGACCGCGCCCAGUGAUCAGUUCGUGACCGAGGGUGGCCGUACCAUCGGUCCGAACGAUGGCACCCCUGUACCUGAGGUUCGCGUUCCCGGCACGGGACACCGAGUCGCCCAGCAUCCUCACGAGCCCCUUGGAGAAGGUGCCGCUGUUAAGACUGAGGACGGUCAGGUUCGUCGCGGCGGAGAGCUGCGCGAUCAGGCGUACGACACCGCACAGCAAGCCAAGGAUCGUGCCACUCAGGAGGCGCAAGCCAACGCCAACGACAUCGCCAACACAACGAACGGUAUCCCUGAGAAUGAAGAAGAGAAGGGGGCGGGCAAGCGCACGGUUAUGGAUCGCCUCCGUGGUGUUAGGGAUCAAGUCACCAACCGCGUUCCCGACGAGCACAAGGAGCGUGCGCGUGAACACCGUGAUCGCGCCAAGGAGUUCUUCUCCGACGAAUAUUUCCCUCCCGAGCGCCGUGAUCAAUUCAUCUUCCGCAUGAAGAAGGUCAUCGUUGAAUGUCAGAAGCACGACGAUUAUCAGGAGUCGAUUCGCUGGCUUCUCGGAUACCUGGAGGAGUACGCCGGACACGCUCAGAACACCGCCCAAAACACCAAGGAGCAUGGCCAGACGUCGGCUUCGCAAGAUUCAUUCACUGUCGCGUCCAAGGAGUUCCGCACUCUCAUCGAGCGUUUCGCGAACGGCCGUAGCACCGACGAGAUCUGGGCCGCAGUUGACCAACUCAUUACCGACUCGCGCAACGAUAGCGGGCUUCGCGACUGGUUCAAGCGCGUCGAUGCGUACGUGCGCAAGUGUUUGUUGGAACCCGGAUUUGUUUUGGAACCCGCUUGCAAUAACGAGGCUGUCGAGAUCCGUGACACGGGCCGUCAGUUCUACGACGAGAAGUACAAGGGUCACUUCGACAACCUCUUCAGUACAAUUGGCGGCUUCUUCAAGGCCAUGGGUGACGAUCCUUUGAACCAGAGAUUCGGACAAGACUGGGCUCGACUCACCAAAGACCUGCUCUUCGACAGCGAGGGGAACCUUAAGUACAAGCCCGAGUUGUGGCUUGACAUCCGCAAGGUCAUUCUGCCCACGCUCGUCGACAAUGUCGGCUAUGUUCCCAUUCCGCGCAUCGAGUACACCGACGAUAAUAUCGAUCUCGUCGUGGAGAACCUUACCCUCAGCGGCCGUAACUUAUUCCCCAACAUCGUUUCCGUCGAGGCGCACAACUUCAUGAAGUUCAGUGCGUACGAUGCGAUUAAGGAUGAGCAUCACAAUGAGUUUACGUUCACCUUCGCCCAGAUGCAAUGCGACAUGCGCGACGUUGCCUUCUGGUUCCGCAAGAAGACAGGGUUCCCGAAGCUCGAGGACAGCGGUCUCGCUGACGUCCUCCUUGGCGGCGAAGGCUUGACUGUCACUGUUCACCUUGCCGACGCUGGCAAGGAUCAGAGCAGCAUCUUCAAAGUCAAGAAUGUCCAUGUCAAGGUCGACACGCUGAAGUUCAGUAUCCGUGAUUCGAAACACGACUUGCUGUACAAGACGCUCAAGCCCCUCGCGACUGGUUUGGUGAAGAAACAGAUCCAAAAGGCGAUUUCCGAUGCUAUCACCACCGGUUUCGAGUACAUCGACGGCCAGCUCGUCGGCGUUCGUGACCGCAUGGCGGAGGCCAAGGCUGCGGAUGACGCUAGUCGCACGCAAGUCCUUCAACAGCUCUUCCAGAGCAAGAAGGGCGAGGCGAAAGGCAAGGCGCAGCACGUUGACCAGAAGACCGGCAAGUUCCAAGUCGUCACCGACCGCGAGCAUCUUCUCCUGCCUGAGCACGGCCAUCCAUCCGGCUACGUGAACCGCGCGAACGAGCGCGUUGAAGCGGCGAAGACCGGCAACGACUGGCACAGCGAUGCGUUCAGUAUCAUCCCCAGCACGUCGACGCGGCCAAGCAAGACGACUGCCUGA